AUGGAGCCAGCUCUCGCAGUAGACUUAGUUGCUCACAGCACCAUUCUCAAGGAAGCCAAGAUUGAAAUCGGAGUUCUCGUUGGGGACGAUGACAGCUCAACCAUUUCUGCAAAUGUUAAAAAAGUUUUAUGGUCUAUGAGUAAAAAUCAUCUUGAACUGAAGAAAAAUGCCAUCAUUCACCUGCACAGAUGUUUUACAUACGCAGUUGCUCAGAAUAAGAAUGAUAAAGAUGCCAUGAAGGAGACGAUAAAGCAAAUAGUAGAUCAUUCUUUCAACAACCAUCAGCGCUGUGGAGACUGGUGCAAUUUCGAGAGAGACAAAGAAAACUACAACCAUUCAAUGAUACCUGGAGGUCUGAAGAAUUUGGCUUUGUAUGAAGAUUUGUCCAAAUUCUUCAACAAAUUAGCAGAAAAUGUUGAUAAAUUCGUCACUGCAAGCUCGAGUCAGCCUAAUGAGAACUUGAAUGCCAUAAUUGUUAGCAAAGCUCCCAAAUCGCGAUUCUAUGGCUUGACAGCCUCGCUUCAUCAUCGUGUUGCCCUUGCUAUUGCGAGUAAAAAUCUUGGGAACCGAUGCUUAAUUGAAGUAUUACUGGAAUUAAAAUUGACACCUGGUCCUAAUAUGAAUGCAUAUGUUGAUGAACGAUAA